UUUCGGCGGAACCUGUGACAAUAUCUCUCUUUCACACGCAAGCACGCACACGCACAGACUCACAUUCACUCUCUCUUUCUCUCUCUCUCUCACACCCUUCCUCUUCUGUAGACUCUCUCUAUCUGGCUCGCGCGCUCGAACUAACCUUGGCUCAACGUCAGAGGCUGUGCAGCAGUGCAGUAUAAUGGGAGCGUAUGCAACCCAAAGUGCCUCAUAGGCUGCUAUCGCGAUUCUGCUCUGCUUGGCGCUCUCUGCUCCUCUACAGACACACCUCCCGUGUGGAUAUCCGACUCCUCGUGUCUCACCUGAGCCAGGCGCCAGUCCAUGUAUGAGCCCCUACCGGAUUUGUACCGCCCGACAUGGAUGUCCCGCCGUGUCGUAAACCGGAGGAUAUUUUCUUGGCUUAGUCAAGUCGGAAAUCAGGCCGGGACUGCUAAUGGGUUUAGGGGAAGCUCGAGUGACCAUGCCGUGAUCCUGCGACUGGGCUGCCGUCACCCUGCCGAACGACUGUAAACCGAAUUCCGGGGGACUCAAACGCGUACGGGGGAUCACCACUGUGCAUUUUACAAACAACAUGAAGAUUACCUCCCUGCUGAUAACUAGUCUCGUUUUCAGGUUCAACCUCAGGCUGCUGCUCCUGCUUCUACUGCUGUUUCUUGGAUACUCUCGCGGGAUGCCACACGUUUUAAGAUUUGGAGGAAUAUUUGAAUCCAUCGAAAGCGGCCCGUCGGGAGCAGAAGAACUCGCCUUUAAAUUUGCCUUGAACACAAUCAACAGGAACCGCACCCUGCUGCCCAACACCACACUCACAUAUGACAUCCAGAGAAUAAACAUCUUUGACAGCUUUGAGGCCUCCAGAAAAGCCUGUGACCAGCUGUCCUUGGGGGUGGCAGCCAUCUUUGGCCCCUCCCACAGCUCAUCAGCUAACGCAGUCCAGUCCAUUUGUAAUGCCCUGGGGGUGCCCCACAUCCAGACCAAAUGGAAGCACCAGGUGUCGGACAACAGGGACUCGUACUACAUCAGCCUCUACCCGGACUUCCAGUCCCUCAGCCGGGCCAUCCUGGAACUGGUCCACUUCUUCAAAUGGAGGACGGUCACUGUGGUCUAUGACGACAGCACAGGUCUUAUUCGGUUGCAAGAGCUGAUCAAGGCACCCUCCCGAUACAACAUUCGUUUGAAGAUCCGUCAGUUGCCGGCGGAUACCAAGGAUGCCAAGCCACUUCUGAAAGAGAUGAAGAAAGCAAAGGAGUUCCACGUGAUCUUUGACUGUGGCCACGAAAUGGCCGCCUGGAUCCUGAAACAGGCUCUAGCCAUGGGAAUGAUGACGGAGUACUACCACUACAUCUUCACCACGCUGGAUCUUUUUGCUUUGGAUAUGGAGCCGUAUCGGUACAGCGGAGUCAACCUGACGGGUUUCCGGAUCUUAAACACUGAAAACUCUCAGGUGUCAUCGAUCAUCGAGAAGUGGUCCAUGGAACGCCUUCAAGCCCCACCCAAAGCGGACUCGGGCCUCCUGGACGGAUUCAUGACGACGGACGCAGCGCUGAUGUACGACGCGGUGCACGUGGUAGCGGUGGCAGUGCAGCAGUCGCAGCAGAUCACUGUCAGCUCGCUGCAGUGCAACCGCCACAAACCCUGGCGCUUCGGAGCGCGCUUUAUAAGCCUCAUCAAAGAGGCCCAUUGGGAUGGCUUGACUGGACACAUCCUCUUCAACAAAACUAACGGAUUGAGGACAGACUUCGACCUGGACGUAAUCAGUCUAAAGGAGGAAGGACUGGAAAAAAUUGGAACAUGGGACCCUCCCAGUGGGCUGAACAUGACAGAGAACCACAAGAGCAAGACGACUAACAUCACUGACUCUCUGGCUAACAAAUCCCUCCGCGUCUCCACCAUACUGGUGGAGCCCUAUGUGAUGUUCAAGAAGUCCGACAAGCCGCUGUACGGAAACGACCGCUUUGAGGGCUAUUGCAUCGACCUGCUCCGUGAGCUCUCGGGGAUCCUGGGCUUUCACUAUGAGGUGCGCCUGGUGGAGGACGGCAAGUAUGGGGCGCUGGAGGAGAGCACGGGCCAGUGGAAUGGCAUGGUCAGGGAGCUCAUGGACCACAAAGCAGACCUAGUGGUGGCUCCUUUGGCCAUUACCUAUGUGAGGGAGAAGGUCAUCGACUUCUCCAAGCCCUUCAUGACCCUGGGGAUAAGUAUCCUCUACCGCAAGCCCAACGGAACAAACCCUGGUGUCUUCUCCUUCCUCAACCCCCUCUCACCCGAUAUCUGGAUGUAUAUUCUGCUGGCUUACUUGGGUGUCAGUUGUGUGCUGUUUGUCAUAGCCAGGUUCAGCCCAUACGAGUGGUACAACCCCCAUCCGUGCAACCCAGACUCGGACGUGGUGGAAAACAAUUUUACGUUGCUCAAUAGUUUCUGGUUCGGCAUCGGGGCUCUCAUGCAGCAAGGCUCAGAGCUCAUGCCUAAGGCCCUGUCCACCCGGGUCGUGGGGGGCAUCUGGUGGUUCUUCACCCUCAUUAUCAUCUCCUCCUACACGGCCAACCUGGCUGCCUUUCUCACCGUGGAGCGCAUGGAGUCACCCAUCGACUCGGCCGAUGACCUGGCCAAACAGACCAAGAUCCUGUACGGAGUGGUGGAGGAUGGAUCUACCAUGACCUUUUUCAAGAAGACGAAGAUCUCCACUUACGACAAGAUGUGGGAGUUCAUGAACAGCCGGCGAACGUCUGUGAUUGUGAAAAACAUAGAGACGGGCAUCCAGCGCGUGCUCACCUCCGACUACGCUUUCCUCAUGGAGUCCACAACCAUUGAGUUUGUUACCCAGCGCAACUGCAACCUUACCCAGAUAGGGGGCCUCAUCGACUCCAAGGCCUACGGAGUGGGAACACCCAUGGGGUCUCCGUACCGGGACAAGAUCACCAUAGCGAUCCUGCAACUGCAGGAAGAAGGGAAGUUGCACAUGAUGAAGGAGAAGUGGUGGAGGGGAAACGGCUGUCCGGAGGAUGAGAAGAAUAAGGAGGCCAGCGCUCUGGGGGUGCAGAACAUCGGGGGCAUCUUCAUCGUGCUGGCCGCAGGGCUGGUCCUUUCUUUGUUCGUGGCCGUUGGGGAGGUCCUGUACAAGUCUAAACAGAACGCAGAGCUAGAGAAGCGCUCUUUCUGCAGUGCCAUGCUGGAAGAGCUACGUGGCUCCCUGAAGUGCCAGCGGCGGCUCAAGCAGAAGCCGCAGCCACCAGUCAUCGUCAAAACUGAGGAGGUCAUCAACAUGCACACAUUUAAUGACAGGAGACUGCCAGGCAAGGAGACCAUGGCGUGAUUGGGGUCGAAGGUCAAAAAUAGCCCUGAAAAGGUCCAAAAACAGCCAGAAGAUCUGGUGGGAUUGAAUGAACUUUAAUGUAAUGUUAACGUAACCUGAAACUAUAUUGCAUUGGCCCCCGGCUUUGGUAGUAUGGUAGACAUGUUUCCUGUGGAAAUGUAGAUGUGUGGACAUGACUGGAGAUGAUGCGUCACCUCAUGGUGGCCAACAGUUUUCAAGGGGGACUUUUGCAGGGGGCAAGUUGAAGGAUUGUGAGAAUGAUGGAUCUUUGAGAUGGAUCUCGAUAGGGACUCGAUGAGGAGGACUCAAAAUGCAUGUAUGUUAAGACUGCCUUUGAGUUCACUUCACAGUCAGUGACUUUGCACACCCACACAUGCACACACACACCUGUUCAGAGCAUCACAAUGUAUCUUGAGGCCCCAAGAAAUGAUUUGGUUGUUUUUUUUUCUGUUGAUGUCAAUUACAGUUUUGUCAAAUCUCCAUGUGUGCGUGUGUCCAGUUGAUUUUUAAAAAAGGAGCUCAUAUAACAGGUCGUUAUGAUAAGGAAUGUUACAAAGUGCCACAAUGUUGAAUAAGAACUGUAUGAAGAAAAUAGAGAUGAUAAUAUGUUUUUAUUUAAUUUGUAAUCAUUGAUUUGGCUUGACCUCCCUAGUACUCAUUGUUUAUCUUCUGUAACGCGUUUAUCGUGCCAAAGUUCGGGCACUGACAUAUUACUUUCAAUGUUCGUUUUUGUAUACGGACAAAGUUUUUUAGUACUUUCUAUCAGUCUAGCAUUCUCUGUGGACUUCACAUAUGUCGCAGGUGGGAGCCCCCCUCUACCCUCAUUCUGACUACAGUUGAUUUAGGGGUGCCCCCGAUCUGGGGCCUCCGGGGGCCCCUCACUGUGCCAUGCCCUCUCUCUCUCCUCUGUCGUCCAUACUGUCUCCUCAAUAGGGCCCGUGUUUCUGUUGUGAGAUGACAAGCAUAUCUGGACCUUCUAGAGCUGCCCUCAUCUCCCUACUAAACCUUGCUUACAUACUGUAGCUGUACAGUGACUGUGUCUCAAUAGUUUUAACUUUCCUUGUGUACUUUCCUCUAUGACCACUGAUACUGUAGGACAUGACAGGUGGAAGCAAUAUAGCAGAAACCUAUCCAGUUUUUUUUUUUUUUUAUCUACCAGUAAUUCAGAGUAGGGUGAAGUUGCCCGUAGAUGCUGAUCUUGGUUCACUUUUGCAUUUUCACACUAAUGGUUAAGUGUAGGAUUGGGGGAGGGGAAGCUGAUCCUACAUCUGUGCCUAGGGAAAACUUCAUCCUGGAGUGUCUCAAACAAUCCCAAAUGCCCAAAUGGGUCCAUCCCCAGAAAAGAAAAUACAAAAUACAAGGUCCAUGUUUCUUAAAAUAUUUCUUCUGUACAUUAAUAAAUUAAUGUAGAAUUUGAGUAAUUUCAAGAAACCAUUAUAAAAUAUACAGGGGGAGACCUUUGUUGCUUGCUUUGUUUUUUUUUUUCUUUUCUUUUUUUUUACCAGUAUUGCUUGCCAUUUUCUACCCUGCUAGAUUCAGUGGUACAAAGUGUGAAUGGUUGAAUAAUUUGGAAGAUUCAUCAGAAAAUAUCCAACUGUAUUAUUGUCAACCAAAACAUUAGAUAAUAGAAUGUAUUUGACAUUGAUGCAAGGUUUUACAAAAAAAUGUAAUCAUUAAAAAA